AUGGAUUCAACUCUUGCCGCAAAUCUACCUGAGAAGGGCCAUGCGUCUGCCGGAGUGCGAGGUAGUAGGGUAUCGGAUUUGGAGAGGGAAGCAAGCAUCGAAACAGGUCUUGCUGCGGCCAUUGGACAAUCAGAACCAGUUACCAAUUCGAAGAGAUUCGAGGAAGACCUGAAAAACGGUUCGGUCCAGGACACACUGGAGGUCGACAAUGGAACGAGUUCAACAGCUGAUGAAAAUCAUCUUUCCGGGCGUGCUCUGUUCACUUUGAUGGUUGGACUUACAAUGGCUGCAUUCCUUCUGAUGAUCGAUUCGACGGUGUUAGUCACAGCUAUCCCAACAAUCACGAGUGCAUUUAAUGCCUUGGAUGAUGUGGGAUGGUACGGAAGUUCAUAUCUUCUGACAACAUGUGCACUCCAAUUACAAUUUGGGAAAAUAUACCAAUAUUACAGUUCCAAAGGAGUUUUUAUCAUUGCCUUCGCAAUAUUUGAAGUUGGAUCUUUGGUUUGUGCCGUUGCGCGGAAUUCAACGAUGUUCAUCCUUGGGAGAGCCAUAUCUGGAGCGGGAGGUGCAGGCGUUCUCAAUGGGGGAUACUUAAUCAUUGCAGCUGCUUCACCUCUUCAAGUACGGCCAAAACUGAUCGGAAUCAUGCUUGGGAUCGCAUCUCUAGGAGUGGCAAUAGGCCCGCUGAUUGGGGGGGCUUUGACGCAAUAUGCUAGCUGGAGAUGGUGUUUUUACAUCAACUUACCACUUGGCGCCGUUACGGGGCUUGCAUUGGUCCUUACUCGCGUUCCUGAUACCCGAAUUGAUGCACAUUUCAAAGUAUCCUUCAGAAAGCAGGUUGAAAGGCUUGAUAUCCUGGGAAGCGCACUAUUUGCAUCUGUGAUAGUCAUGCUGCUUAUAGCGCUCAAUUGGGGAGGUGUAAAAUACAGGUGGGAAUCACCAGUAAUAAUCGGACUAUUAUGUGGUUCGAUGGUCGCGUUCGUUGUCUUCAUCCUGUGGGAGCACAGGCAAGGAGAAACUGCAAUGUUGCCUGUGGAAUAUUUUCGGGAUAUCAAAAUAUGUUGCUGUGUAGCAACAAGUAUGAUGUCGUACGGUGGUCUGUAUGUUACCAUUGUUUACCUCCCAUUGUGGUUUCAAGCGGUUAAGGGGGUAUCGGCAUUACGUAGUGGCAUUUAUUACUUGCCUUCGGUGCUUACCACCGUAACUUUCACUAUCGUGAGUGGAUUUCUGGUAUCCCUUGUUGGUCUUUACAUUCCGUUCAUGAUCGCUGGUGGGGUCAUUGCAGCAAUUGCGGGAGGUCUAAUGACAACAUUCAGUUCCGGAUCAUCUGCUGCGCCGUGGAUUUGCUACCAGCUCUUGAAUGGAGUUGCACGAGGCUUGAUGUCGCAAAUUCCCGUGACCGCAAUUCAAGCAAAUGUAUCGAAACAGCAGAUGUCGACUGCCACGGCACUUGUUGUAUUCUCGCAGAAUUUUGGAGCUUCUCUGUUCAUAUCACUAGGCCAGACUGUCUUCCAAAAUCGCCUCCUAUCAGCGUUGAUUGAAUAUGCGCCCGAAGUAGAAGCCAACCAAAUAAUUGAGGCUGGAGCAGCCAACUACAGAGCAAUUGUUCCUGAGACAUCCUUGAAAAGUGUUAUCGAGGCUUUCAAUGAAGCCGUAACAUCAACAUUUUAUUUGGCGGCAGGCUCUUCUGUUGCGAUUUUUAUUCUGGCAUGGGGUUUGGGCUGGACGAGUGUAAAACACAGGCUGCCAGACGAACCAGGCAGCAACGAAGAAGAUAGUUGA